AGUUAAGACAUGACCACGUGAGAUUCUAUGACUGAUGAAGUUGUCUCUAAAUGGACUAUUCGAUACGAACACCAGGAGGACUGAUAGCGUUGCUGAGUUUGUGGUAAAUGGAGCACCUCACAGCACCAAACUAUCUGAUAUCCUAGAGGAAGAUGGGUUCCAGUUCCCGAUAGGGUCAGGAAGAUUUGGUACCGUGUACCGGAAGCGACACAGACAAACUAACCAUGUGAUGGCCGAGAAGAUUGUGACAAAAGGAACAGCAAACUUAGACAGGUAUGCGGAAACAGAGAAGCAGCUCUGGAAAAACUGUAAACACGAACACCUUGUGAACCACUACGGAGCUAUCGACACUGCUAUGAACGUCCACCUUUACUUUGAACUCAUGAAUACGUGCUUAGAAAAGCUACAGGAAAAGCUGAUAAAAAACUCAAAAGACCAGAAGCAAGAAUACGUGUUUCCUGAAGAAGUGUUGGCUAAGAUAGCUUACAGUACCUACAGCGCGCUCUGGUAUCUUAAAGAGGCUCACUCAGUCAUACACAGGGACAUAAAGCCCAGCAAUAUUCUGGUGGGUAACGAUGGAAGUGUAAAAGUAACUGAUUUUGGGCUAGCAAGGAAACUGGUUGACAGCAGAGCAUACACUAAAGGUAUAGGAUGUUUGGGGUACAUCUCGCCUGAGAGGAUCGAGCGAACGACCGAUGGAUACGGGACACCAGCAGAUGUUUGGAGUAUCGGCAUUUCUAUCCUCGAGCUAGCAACGGGUGAGCACCCUAUAUUAUCACAAGCGGUUAGAGAUAACGGCGAUCUUAUUGAGCUGGAUAUCCUGGUGGUUAUUGUCGAACAACCUCCCCCACGACUUACAGGUCCAGGAUUCAGUGAUCACAUCAGAGAUUUCAUCGAGCGUUGUUUGCAGAGGAACGCAUCAGAUCGUAUUAAGCUGGGUGAAAACCACCGGUUCCUUGCCAGAAUACCUACCAACGAGUCAAUGUUGAAUUGGUGCCGGGCAAACAACUUGCUUUGUAAAUAGGAAGUGGUGACCUUCACUGACUUCUUGUGACACUGUUUUGCAAGUGAUUGUAACUGCUUUUAAUCUGAGCAAGUGAGUGGUGGCAGAUCCCUACGCUUAAUAACCAGGGUCAGGGUCAGGGUCAGGGUCAGGGUCAGGGUCAGGGUCAGGGUCAGGGUCAGGGUCAGGGUCAGGGUCAGGGUCAGGGUCAGGGUCAGGGUCAGGGUCAGGGUCAGGGUCAGGGUCAGGGUCAGGGUCAGGGUCAGGGUCAGGGUCAGGGUCAGGGUCAGGGUCAGGGUCAGGGUCAGGGUCAGGGUCAGGGUCAGGGUCAGGGUCAGGGUCAGGGUCAUGAAUAAAAUAAGAUUGGUUGCCACUUUCUGUCCAACACUUGCUAUCAUGUUACAGUUUAAAAUUUAAACCAUUUAAUUGGUCAACGUUACUUCAGUAAAACUCUUAUUUACUGAAUUUUGUAUUUUGAUCUGUCUUUAAGGUCUUGACCA